AUGCAGCUGCAGGGUGGUGAAUUAGAAAAGACAACAAAAUCUGUGGCAUCAAAUGAAACACACAAUAGUAACACUGAAAUGAGUGAAACAAAAGAUACUCAUAAUAUUUCUUAUGUGAAGGAGCACACAGAUGCUACGGAGAUUGGAUUCAAGGGUGAUACACAAACAGAUGAAACAUCAGACUCAUCCUCUGGCAUAGGACCAAUACAUGCAUAA